UGUUGAUACAGUCAAUGCUUUAAAGAUACGUUUGCUUAUGGUGUAAGAGAUUUAUUUAUUUAUUUAUUUUUUGUUCUCUGAGAUUUUUAUUUUUAUUUUUUAUAUUAUUUAUUUUCAUCAUGUCUUUGGCGAGUCCUUUAAAAGAACUCGAUAUUUUAUUAGAAGAUACUACUGAGGAUAAUAAGAUACAAUUGUCUGAAAGUGAAGAUGAAGAUGAUUUCAAUCACAUUCCCUUUGACCAAGUGGAUGAUCAAAUAUUGGCAUUUCAAGAAGAUGCCAUUGUAAGUCAGGCACUGGAGAACGAAAUGGACCUGAGAGAAUAUGCUAGACAAAUAGCGCAAGAGAAAAUAGCAGUACAACGCGACCUUGAGAACAACUAUCUACAACAUGUCGCCUCGUUUGUGGAUCUGCAUUCUCAAAUUCAGUCGUGUGAUGAAGUGUUGGGUCGCAUGGAAGAAUUACUCAGUGUGUUCCAAACCGAUUUGGGUCAUAUCAGUGGAGAAAUUCAAAGUCUACAACAACAAUCGACCCAGAUGAGUAUCAAACUCAAGAAUAGAAAAACAGUUGAAUCACGAUUAGGAAAAGCAUUACAAGGCAUGGUGAUUCCUCCAUAUGUGAUCAAGAAAAUCACAGAAGAUGAUGUCGAUGAAGUAUGGCUUGAAUAUCUAUUGAUGAUCAACAAACAAAUGCGAUUUGUCAAGGCCAAUCAACACCGACCCAUCAAAGCUUUACGCAAUGUAGGACCUGAACUUGAAAAACUUCGUUUAAAAGCAGUAGCCACCAUUCGUGAUUUCUUUGUAGCCAAGAUCCAGUUGUUGAGUACACCCAAUGCCAAUAUUCAAAUCAUGCAACAGUCUGUAUUUCUGAAAUACAAGGAAAUGAAUUACUUUGUAUUGGAAAGACAUCAUGAAGCAGCCAAAGAAAUCAAACAAACGUAUAUCAAUGCAUUAAGAUGGUAUUUCCAAAACCAUUUUGAAAGAUACAGUAAAGGACUUCAACGAUUACAGACAAUAUCAGCAGACAAGUCAGACUUGAUAGGUGUUGAAGAAAACAUUCGAAAAGGUGGAUUGUUUGGUACAAAAGCACCCUUAAGAGACAAGGCGAAUUUGUUUUCUUUAGGAGAUCGUAGUGAUACAUUAAGAAUGCAAGAUCCAGGCGUCAUUCUUGUUCAUGUAGCAGAAGCGAAAGAACAGCGCUAUCAAUUUGAACAAUUGUUUCGAAGCUUUAAUCUCACAUUGAUUGACAAUGCUAGUUCAGAAUAUUUGUUUAUAUACGAGUUCUUUUCGCGUGAUUCAAGAACGGCUGCAGAUACAGCCAAAAGUAUGUUUCAACACAUCUUUGAAUCCACAGAGAAAGUGGGGUUGAACUUUACCAAGAAUUACAUUGAGAAUUCAUUUGAUGCUGUUGGGAUUUUGUUGUGUAUUCGAAUCAAUACACAAUUAGCACUUGAAUUACAGAGAAGAAGAGUACCUGCAUUAGAAGGCUAUAUGAAUGCAACCAAUAUGCUUUUUUGGCCUCGAUUCCAGUAUAUCAUGUCACUUCAUAUUGAAAGUGUCAAGAAAAUGUUUCAUAACAAGUCAGCCAUUAGUGCAGUCAAAGAUAUUCGACCUCAUUAUAUUACUAGAAGAUAUGCUGAAUUUGCAGCCUCUUUGCUUGUGCUGAAUGAUGGUUAUGAUGAUCCUAUUCUUACCAAGAGUGUCAAAAAAUUACGUGAUGAAUUUGAAGCUGUCUUGUCUCGUAUGUCACAUGAAUUUCAAGAAUCACCUAAACGAAUUGCAUUUCUCAUUAAUAAUUAUGAUCUUAUUAUUUCUGUAUUUCAAGAAACACAUAGUCGAGCAGUGGAUGCAGAAUUAGAUUACAUGAAACAACUGUUGGCUUUACAGACAAGUGCUUUUGUGGAUGAGCAACUGAAGCCUUACUUUGGUGCCAUGAUACAGCUCACCAAGGCAUCAGGUCCCAUUGAAAUACCAGACUUGGAACGCAUCUCUGCUCAUUUCAGUCAAACAUGGCGACAAUCACUGAAAUCCAUCAAUGCCUCUGUCAUUCAAUACUUUUCCAACUUUAAGAAUGGUACCAUUGUACUCCAUGCUGUGCUUGGUCAAUUGAUUGUGUAUUAUACUAAAUUUGUCAGUCUUGUGGAAAAGCAUGCUGCUCGUAUCCAACCAGUGGGUGUCCAGACAGUCAUGGUGGAGAUCAAAAAGUUUCGAAGUACUUUUUAGAACCCACAACUCGGAUAGUGUCUCUUUUAUCUUAAAAAGAGCUUGGGACCGGCAAACAAGAGGGUUUACCGAGUGUGGACACGCGAUGAAGAUUUUUAUGUUUAUCUAAUAAAAUGAAAAUUUAUCUUUUGUUUGUUACGCCACAACUAUUUGAAUGACACCAUCUUUUUUUUUCCUUUCUUUAUUUCAAGCCCAGGAAACAUGACAUAAACUCCCC